AUGGAUAUUCGAGUGGAUAUCGAACGACAACCUCUAUUGGAAAAUGCACCACAAAAAAUUCCCAAAACAUCAACGCAGAAGACAAUGAGAAAAACAUUGAAAGGUACAGCGUAUUUAGCAAAUCUUCUUCCAACAGGAACUGUUCUAAUAUUCCAAACAUUAUCACCAGCUUUAACACAUAAUGGUCAAUGUCCUACACAAACAAGUAAAAUCAUGACAAUAUGUCUCUUAUCAUUUUGUAGUCUCUCGUGUUUUCUUCUAUCAUUCACAGACAGUUUAAGAGAUGAAAGAGGAAAAGUUAGAUAUGGUUUUGCUACGUUGAAUGGUAUUUGGGUUAUGGAUGGAUCGAUUAAGCUUCAUGUUGAAGAGGCAAGGAAAUAUAAGCUAAGGCUUAUUGAUUUGUUUCAUGCAUGUGGGUCUAUAUUGGUUUUUGGUGCAAUUGCACUUUUUAAUCAAAGUGUUGUUACAUGUUUAGCUCCAAAACCUUCUGAGGAAGCUAAGGAGAUUUUGGGAGCGUUGCCUAUUGGAAUUGGAAUUUUGUGUAGUUUUUUGUUUGUUUUAUUUCCUACUCAAAGACAUGGAAUUGGCUUUCCUCUCUCACGUGAUUAA